GCUCUGAAGUUUCAACGAUGCAGCGCGACGACCUUUCGGCCAGAGAGGAGUUCACCUACAGCCCCGUGUCCACCCUGGAGAGGGGCAGCGGCACGCUGGGACGGCGGGGCGACAGAGGACUGGAGAGGAGGGGGGAGCGGGACAGGCCCGAGCGGGACAGCUACACGGUGGACGUGAGGGCCAGUGACCUGCAGCUGGCCCAGCCGGAGCCUCUAAAGCACCCCUGCUUCAGCUACAGGGCCUGGCUCUACAGUGUCCUCAUAGGGGGCAGUCUGCUCAUCACAUCAGGUUUCUCUUUGUACCUGGGAAAUGUGUUUCCUGUUGCCAUGGACUACCUGCGCUGUGCUGCAGGCUCCGGGAUUCCUGCAGCAAUCGCGAGUUUUGCAAUUGCCAAGAACAGACAUGUUGCAGUAUCAGAUUUCCAGGUGGUCUACGUGUCGACAUUUGCUGUUACAACCACUUGCCUGGUUUGGUUUGGCUGCAAACUGGUCCUGAACCCCUCUGCUGUCAAUAUCAACUUUAACCUCAUCUUGAUGAUUCUGCUGGAGGUGUUGAUGGCCAGCACUGUCAUCCUGUCAGCCCGCUCUGCAGAGGACUGCUGCUGCCACAGGAAGUCCUAUGACAGACCUGUGGUUAUUAAACCUGCAGUAUUCCCCACUCGACUCCUGAAGGCAUAUUCAGUGGUUGAAGUCAUUGUGGGAAUCUCCGCUGUAUUCGGAGGCAUUAUCGCGCUCAACAUGGACGCUCUGCUGCCAGGCCCCUACUUGUCGGUCACAUUUUUCUGGAUUCUCGUCGCUUGCUUUCCCAGCGCUAUUGCCAGUCACGUGGUGUCAGAAUACCCCAACAAAUGUCUGGUGGAGGUGCUGAUUGCCAUCAGCAGCGUGACGUCUCCCCUGCUCUUUUCAGCCUCCGGCUUCCUGUCUUGCAGUGUGAUCAGCUUUAUUGAAAUUUUCUUGCAUGAUGUACCUACAGCCAAGCAAUCCUACGACAUCCUGCUGCUGAUUCUGAUGGCGCUGCUGCUCGUGCAGGCAAUUCUUACUUCUGCCACCGUGGUGCACUGUGCCAAGUACAAGAGUCAUCUCCGCAUGGGGGCUCCAGAGUGUGACGACAACAUGCACAAUUCAACACAUUACUGUGAGCAGCAAGCAUCAAAUGGUAUGCUGCAGGAUUUUGACAAAGACAGGGCCUGGAAGGCCGUCGUGGUCCAAAUGGCUCAAUGAGCACAUGCAGGAGUUUGGUGACAAGUGACAAAAAA